UGCACCAAUUACUAAACCUUUGGCCACCAAUUACCAAAUGUAUUGUUCUGCUCACUAUUCAAUUACAUAACCAUAAACCCUUCUUUCUAGUUGACUAAAAAUUCUCACGACUAGUAUAUAUUUAGUAUCAGGCUCCAUAAUCUGGCAUCAACAGCAGUAAGAGAGGGAGCUAGCUUAAGUUAUGGAAGAAAAGGUAGCAGCUGAACAAGUUCAUAAACAAGAACAGAUUAAUGAAGAGGAGUCCGAUGCUGUACAAAACUAUGUAAGAGAAGUGGAGAACAGAGAAGAAAAAGCUGAUGGUAUUGAAGUUGAAAAGCCACAAAUACCAAAGGAAAUAGAGGAGGAAAAAAAUGAAAGCAAAGCAGAAACAGCUAUUGAUGAUAACAAGCAAUCACAGGCAAAAAAAGUGGGAGGAAACCAGGCAGAUAUAACAAAGAAACCAAAACAGGCACCAAAGCAAAUUCCCAAGAUGAAAAUCACAGUUCCUCAACCAUUUUCCUUGGCCACUGACAAAAGAAUGUCUAGAGAAAGACGAGCUUCGGUGGAUUUUAAAGAUCAGCAACUUCCUAAACUAUCCAAAUCUGCUAGUGUCAACUACAAGGUGCAGUCCUCGCCUAGUGCUAAAGAUCUGGUGGCCUCUGAGCUGAAGCGUAGUGCUACUACUGCAUCAAAUUCCAGGCCGAGAGUUACAUCUACCAAAACUGAUGAUAAGAAAGUUGAGAACGGUGUAAAAACUAAAGAAAAAAUUCAGGUGAAGGACAUCCAAAACAAAUCUUCACUAUCCAUUCCCAAGAAGAACCAAGCAGAGGAAUCGGAGACUAAUAAACUUCGGAAGAACUCAACAUUCAAAACAUUGCCAUUGCCAAGCUUCAUUCGUCGGAAAGAAUCGACCUCAAAACCUGACAUAAAGAAGGUUCCUACAACUGGUCCAAGGUCUGCUCUGCCUGGCCGCCAAGGACACAAGUCUAUCAGCGAUGCUGAGAAGAACAAAACCAAAAACAUAGGCAAGAACACCGUUUCAAGAACAAUAAGCAGCAGUGCGAAGGAGACUAUAAGCAAACUAAUCAAAGGGACUCGGAAGGCUUUGAAUCCUUCAAAAGAGACUGUUAAAUCUGUUGUUUCAAUUGCCUGAUUGACGAUGCAGACCAGGACUUCGUGAUGACACGGCAAUUAAUAGCGUGUUCUUGUUCAAUUGUUAAGAGUUAUUUUCUGCAGUGGAAUUUGAGAUGCCACAACAUGUGGCAGAGAUAGAAUACACAUCAAUUUAGGAUUUAUCCUCCCUCCCUUGUAUGCAAUGAAUCCAUGUGGUAAGUAUUAUGUAAUGUUAAUUAGCCAUGAUCUUGAGAUAUGGCAAACCCAGAUUAGCAAAGAAGCUCUCUUUUCACUUCCAGAGAUGGAACUUACAGUUUGAGUUUUUUUUUGUUUUUAGGUAAAAA